AAUUUUUUUCUGGGUGCCAAAAAUCUCUCUUAACAGUUGAUGUUCAGGUAUCCAGAAAAUUAAUCAUAAUUACCAAAAGGAGCAGAGCAUGACUGGUCGAAUCUUUUCGGGCUAAGAAUGAAAAAAGAAGAAGAAAGCAGCAUAUGUGGGACAGGAGAACCAACACUCCCAUCUAUCUCUUUGGAUUCCCAUUACAAAUUGUCUACCACAAUGACCCACCAACGCGUCUUGCAUAAUCUACCCACGAAAAAGUUUUGAUGUGGGAAUCUUUUUUCUUUCUUUUUUUCUUUUCUUUUUUGGUGGGCUGUUAAGCAACUGUUAUUCAUCAGAUCCAUUACGGCAACUCACCCAUCUCCUCUUUUGAGUUCUUCAGUUGUCUUUCAAACUCAUCUUUUUCCUGUCAUCCCCUGAAGCAAUGGAUUGUGUGAGCCCAAUCCUGGACGUCGCCACCUGCUUGUGGGAUUGCACCGCCAAGAGAGCAGUUUAUAUUCGUAAGCUUGAAGAAAAUCUCAAGUCUUUGGAGAGCUCAACGGAGGAACUGCGCAACUUAAGUGAGGAUGUGAUGGGAAGAGUCGAGCGUGAGGAGCAACUACAGAGUAGGCGUACGCAUGAAGUGGAUGGUUGGCUCCGCGCUGUACAGGCCAUGGAAGCUGAAGUGGAAGAAAUAUUGCAAAAUGGGGAUCAAGAAAUCCAACAGAAAUGUCUCGGAACCUGUCCUAAGAAUUGCAGGUCAAGCUACAAGCUGGGGAAGAUUGUGAGAAGAAAGAUCGAUGCUGUGACUGAAUUAAAGGGCAAAGGGCAUUUUGAUUUUGUGGCUCAUAGUUUGCCUUGUGCUCCGGUGGAUGAGAGACCGAUGGGGAAAACUAUGGGCUUAGACUUGAUGUUCGAGAAGGUUCGGAGAUGCCUGGAAGAUGAGCAAGUAAGAAGUAUUGGGUUGUAUGGAAUUGGGGGUGUUGGAAAAACGACCCUCUUGCAGAAAAUCAAUAAUGAGUAUUUUGGUAAAAGAAACGAUUUUGAUGUUGUGAUGUGGAUAGUGGUGUCGAAACCAAUCAACAUAGGAAAUAUUCAAGACGUGAUCCUAAAUAAAUUAACGGCCCCAGAUGACAAAUGGAAGAAUCGAAGCAAGGAAGAGAAGGCUGCAGAAAUAUGCAAGUUGUUGAAAUCCAAAAACUUUGUGAUAUUGCUUGAUGAUAUGUGGGACCGACUCAAUCUCUUGGAGGUGGGGAUCCCUGAUUUGAGUGAUCAAACUAAGUCCAAAGUAGUACUCACUACCCGAUCUGAACGAGUAUGCGAUGAAAUGGAGGUUCAUAAGAGGAUGAAGGUAGAGUGUUUGACACGGGAUGAAGCGUUUUCUCUGUUUCGCGACAAGGUUGGUGAGAAUAUCUUGAAUUCACAUCCAGAUAUAAAAAGGCUUGCUAAGAUUGUUGUUGAGGAAUGCAAAGGAUUGCCGCUUGCCCUCAUCGUCAUCGGGCGAGCAAUGGCUAGCAGGAAAACUCCUCAAGAAUGGGAGCAAGCAAUACAAGUGUUGAAGAGUUACCCAGCAAAGUUUUCAGGUAUGGGAGAUCAAGUAUUUCCGAUUUUGAAAUUCAGUUACGAUCACUUGGACAAUGACACCACCAAAUCAUGUUUCCUAUAUUGUUCGCUAUUCCCUGAAGACCAUAAAAUUUGGAUUGAAGACCUCAUAGAUCUUUGGAUCGGGGAGGGGUUUAUGGACAAAUUUGUUGAUAUAUAUGAAGCACGCAACCAAGGAGAGGAGAUUAUUAGAAGCUUAAAACUUGCAUGUCUCUUGGAAGGUGGUGUAUCGGAACACACUUGUAAGAUGCAUGAUGUGAUCCGUGACAUGGCUCUAUGGUUAUCAUGUGAUUAUGGGGAAGAGAAACACAAAAGUUUUGUACUAGAUCAUGGUCAAUUGAUUGAAGCAUAUGAAACUGUGAAAUGGAAAGAAGCUCAACGGAUUUCACUAUGGUAUUCUAAUAUCAAUGAAGGACUCUCUCUAUCACCCUGUUUCCUCAAUCUCCGAACUUUGAUUUUGAGAAAUAGUAACAUGAAGUCACUUCCAAUUGGAUUCUUCCAAUUCAUGCCUGUCAUAAGAGUUUUGGAUUUGUCGUACAAUGCAAAUUUAGUGGAGUUACCUCUGGAGAUUUGUAGAUUAGAGAGUUUGGAAUUUCUUAAUCUAGCAAGGACGGGUAUAAAAAAGAUGCCUAUAGAGCUGAAGAAUUUGACAAAACUGAGGUGUUUGAUAUUAGACAAUAUAUGGAAGCUUGAAGUAAUUCCACCAAACGUGAUAUCUUGCCUUUCAAAUUUGCAGAUGUUUAGGAUGCAAUUAUUAAACAUUGAAAAGGAUAUUAAGGAAUAUGAGGAAGUUGGAGAGUUGCAGGAGUUGGAGUGCUUGCAAUACCUGAGUUGGAUAAGUAUCACGUUACGUACAAUCCCAGCUGUUCAAAAAUAUCUCACCUCCUUGAUGCUGCAGAAGUGCGUACGACAUUUAGCGAUGGGCAACUGCCCAGGUUUGCAGGUGGUGGAGUUGCCACUUUCAACUUUGCAAAGACUCACUGUGCUUGAAUUUCAAGGCUGUUAUGAUUUGGAACGUGUUAAAAUAAAUAUGGGACUGUCUCGAGGUCAUAUCUCAAACUCAAACUUCCACAACCUUGUUAAGGUGUUUAUUAACGGGUGUCAAUUCUUGGACUUGACCUGGCUUAUUUAUGCUCCAAGCCUUGAGUUGCUGUGCGUUGAAGACAAUCCUGCAAUGGAAGAAAUUAUAGGGAGUGAUGAGUGUGGAGACUCAGAAAUUGACCAACAAAAUCUCAGCAUAUUCUCAAGACUUGUGGUGUUAUGGUUACGUGGUCUCCCAAAUCUAAAGAGUAUCUACAAGCAGGCCUUGCCAUUUCCUUCCCUCAAAGAGAUCCAUGUGGCUGGUUGUCCAAAUCUAAGGAAAUUGCCAUUGAAUUCCAAUAGUGCCACCAACACUUUAAAAGAAAUUGAGGCGCAUCGAAGCUGGUGGGAGGAGUUGGAGAGGGAGGAUGACAACCUCAAGCGCACUUUCACUUCGUAUCUUAAAAUAUGAACGUGGUGAUUCAAAGGAGGAGAUGGUUCUAGAGUUGUAUGUCAUGGAGGUUUGCAGGAAUUGUUGGGUUUCCUUCACUUCCUUUAAUUUCCUCCCUGUUUUGUGAGAAAUCCAUUGGUCUUCCUCUGCCAGGACAAGUUGGUGGUGGGUGAUUGGAUGCUGGGAAUGCAUAGCAAGAAUAGCAUAAAUAAUUGUUGAAAAGAAAGAACCUUUCGUAUGGUGAUCAAUUUCCUAUGUUUCUAUUGCCUCAUGUGUUUUAUCUAUAAAAUUUGACCAUUCUUAGCUUAA